AUGGAACCAUCCAAACGACGACGCAUACGUACACCGUCACCAGUCUAUAAUCUUGACGAGGAAGAUGACGCAUAUGUGCCAUAUAUCCCAGUACAACAACGACGACAAGAGAAACUCGCUAAGCUGUCGUCUUUGGGCGUGAACUCAGACAAGAGCAAUACAAGAAAAGUGCAAGAAGAGUUGGACGAAAGAGAAGAUGCACAACGGGAAGAAGAGGUCAGGAGAGAAAAGGCGCGAAAGGAGCGAACAUUGUUGUUAGAGGCACAAGAGGUUCACUUGAAGAAAGCAGCGGAAGACUCGAAGAAAACUGCAGGCGAAAAAGCACAAGAAAUUGAUGCCGAGAUCCUUGAAGCUAUCAAGAGUAGACGUAAACUCGCGUCCGAUAUGGAACUAGCGCAAGGAAUACAAUAUACUGAACCUCUGAAGACUAGUUGGAGACCUCCCCGAUAUGUUCGGGAGAGAUCCCCUGAACAAGAUCAAAAACUUCGUGAAAAAUAUCAUAUUGUCGUUGAAGGGGACGAUAUACCACCUCCGAUAGAGCAUUUCCAAGAUAUGAAGAUACCUGAUCCAAUUUUGGAAUACCUACGGUCAAAUCGCAUUGUUAGCCCAACUCCCAUCCAACUCCAAGGAAUUCCUGUGGCCUUUUCAGGACGGGAUAUAAUUGGAAUUGCUUUUACAGGCUCCGGAAAAACGCUAGCAUUUUGCCUUCCUCUCAUUAUGAUGUCCCUUGAGGAAGAAACGAAGCUUCCUUUUGUUCGUGGCGAAGGACCAGUUGGAAUCAUCCUGUGCCCCUCGCGUGAACUUGCCAAUCAAACGUACGACAAUGUUGUGACAUGGUGCUCUGCCUUAGCAAAAGAUGGCAAGUAUCCACAACUCAAUUCACUCCUAUGCAUUGGUGGAAUAUCCAUGAACGAACAAAGUCAUGUUUUCAACAAGGGAAUCCAUAUCGUUGUUGCAACACCCGGUCGCCUAAUUGACAUGCUCGAGAAGAAACGGUUCACGUUCAACAACUGUAAAUACCUCUGCAUGGAUGAAGCCGACAGGAUGAUUGAUCUAGGAUUUGAGGACGAUGUAAGGAACAUCAUGAGUUUCUUUAAGAAUCAACGACAGACCUUACUAUUUUCCGCGACUAUGCCGAAAAAAAUACAAGACUUUGCAAGAGAAUCACUUAUCAAACCCGUAUUGGUCAAUGUCGGCCGUGCAGGUGCUGCUAACCUAGAUGUAUUACAAGUGGUGGAAUACGUCAAGCAAGAAGCCAAAAUGGUCUAUCUCUUGGAAUGUCUGCAGAAAACGCCCCCGCCGGUUAUCAUCUUCAGCGAAAACAAAAAUGAAGUUGACGAUAUUCAGGAAUAUCUUUUGUUAAAAGGAGUGGAAGCCGUUGCCAUACAUGGGUCUAAAUCCCAAGAAGAGCGUCGUUAUGCAAUCACCUCUUUCAAAUCAGGAGCAAAAGAUGUCAUGGUAGCAUCUGGAGUAGCAUCUAAAGGUCUUGAUUUCAACGACAUUCAGCAUGUCAUUAUCUAUUCCAUGCCAAAGGAAAUCGAGGACUACGUCCAUCAAAUCGGACGAACAGGAAGAAGCGGUAAAACGGGAAUAGCCACAACUUUUGUUAACAUGAACACACCAGAGCAAACACUCCUAGAUUUAAAAUACCUUUUAAUGGAAGCAGGCCAAAAAGUACCGCCAUUCUUGUCCACCAUCGAAGACCCAAGGGCUGCUCAAAUUCGUUCAGGCUCAAUUACUGGAUGUCCUGUUUGUGGAGGGUUGGGUCACGGCAUCUCCAACUGCCCCAAGCUGGAAGAUGCUCAGCGUAGGCAGAUGGCAUCCCACCGAACUGCAGACGAUGGAGGAGGGUAUUAA